UAAAAGUGGGGCGGGCAACACAAUUUCAAGCCAUGACAUCACUUUUCCUGCGAGUGCUUUAACCUAAACACGGGAAGAGAGACGGAUGGGAAGAGACGACGAUAAAACCUCUAAUCAGCGGCUGGAGAGACAGAUCAAAAUGUCCACAAGCUGUGAAUUUAAAAGUAGAGUUCAAGGUAUUUCUUAGCGAUAUUCAUCGGGGAUAUUUUCACACCUUCCGAAUCAACACAAGGACCGCGCGAGGUAGAGACGAUGUCGGAAGAGGCCCAACAUAGAGUAGAUGAGGACUUCGAGUCUGAGGAGGGUGAUCUGGAGUCCUAUCUAGAGGAAGAGAGUAGCAGUGAGCUUCUGGAGCGAGUGAGAGAACUUCAAGCCGAGAACUCUGCCCUUUCAUUAGCAAACGAGAGUCAAAGAGAAGCAUAUGAACGAUGCUUGGAUGAGGUCGCUAACCAUGUUGUCCAAGCUUUGCUCAAUCAAAAGGAUCUCAGAGAGGAAUGCAUUAAGCUGAAAAUGCGUGUGUUUGAUUUGGAGAGGCAGAACAGAACACUUUGUGAGCUCCUGCAGGAGAAACUGCACAGUCAGUCAUGUGUACAUCAGCAGCAGCCAGGACCCUGUCUGGAGCACAUCGGCGAGCUGCAGCACAGUGAACCUAACAAACUGAUUGAGGCUCAGAGGAAUGCACAGGCCAAGGGAAGCAGUGAAUGUGCACAAAAUGUCAUACCAGAGACCCAAGGCUCAUCCACGUCCAUGGAGGCCAUGUCCCCAUUCUUGAAGAAGAAAGCACACAUUUUGGAGGUCCUCCGCAAGCUUGAAGAACAGAUCCGCUUCGGUACCAUCGUUCCUCUGGCAUUCCCUCGAUCUGUGAUUAUAGCCAAGCUCUUGCCUCCAAGGAGGCUGUAUUAG